GCGGGUCCAGAAGCUGCCUAUUUCUGCCUUACAUGGUAUCGAAUGAAGUAGAAAGUAGUUAAAUGGUAAUAUAUGGUUGAAAAUUGUUAUUAUAAUGAAUGGAACAGCAUAUUCAAACUUUGACAAUCAGGAACACGCUCUCAAACUAGGCGAAACUUUUGAGAAACAGCCUAAAAGUGCCUUCCAUACGGUACGAUAUGAUUUUAAACCAGCCUCCAUAGACACUACAUGUGAGGGGGAUUUGGAAGUUGGAAAAGGAGAGCAAGUUACAAUCACACUGCCAAACUUGGAGGGAUCCACAGCUCCUGUUACAGUAUUUAAAGGGUCAAAAAGGCCUUACAUGAAAGAGUGUAUUCUCAUUGUUAACCAUGACACAGGAGAAUACCGUCUGGAGAAACUCAGCAGUAACAUUGCGGUCAAGAAGACCAGGGCUGAGGGAAGCAGUAAGAUUCAAUCCCGCAUUGAGCAGCAGACAAACAGACUUAGUCAGCAGAUGAAAUCUGGCAGUGGAAGCAGGGUUCAAUCCAGCACGAAAAGCUCUCCCCCCAAAGAGAAAAUGUCUCCAUCAUCCCCCAUGGAUGAGAUUGAGCGAGAACUCAUGGCUGAAGCACGUGUCAUGGAUCAGAUGAGCAGUGGCUCUUCAGAUUCCCACAGUUCCUCAUCAUCCAGUAGCGAAGACAGCUCCAGCAGCAGCGACUCUGAGGAGAAGAGUGGCCCCCCUCCCGGUGGGGCCCCGGUCCCCCCUCACAGCACAUCUGCCCCCAACACAUCUCAAAGCCGCGUGGAGGAGAGUAGCGGGAAUUUCAUGAACACGCUACAAAAUGACCUCCAGCUGAGUGAAUCUGGGAGUGAAAGUGAUGAUGAUUGACGGCAGCGAUGUAAGGCAACCCCCUUGACCAGGAGUAAAUGUGUGGCCAGAUGUGUGGCAUCUGUUCACUCGCAUCUGUUCACAACUUAGUGUGGUACCUGAAUCCAAUUCCCUUUUAAAGGGAUAGUUCACCCUAAAAAUGAAAAUUCUGUCAUGAUUUGCUCACCUUAUGUAAUUUAAUACCGGUAUAAAUCACUUUGUUCUGAUGAAAAGAAGAGCCACAUUUGGAAGAAUGAACAUCAUUGACUGACGUAAUAGGAAAAAUGAAAUGGUAGUCAAAGGUGACCUAGAACUGUUUGUUUUCCUAAAUUCUUCAAAAAUCUCCUUCUGUUUGUAGUGGAGGAUGUCCCAGAACUGAAAAUUGCAUUCUUCCAAAUAUCUUCCUUUGGGUUCAAUUUGCAUAGUUUUUUUACAGGUUAGAAACAACCUGAGGGUGAGUAAAUGAUGGAAUAAUAUUUAUUUUUGGGUGAACUAUCCCUUUUAGAAGAAUUUUCUUUCGCCUUGCCCCGAAGCUGGGGGAUUUGCUGUAUAAGUAAAUUAAGUAUUUAUUUUGUUCAGACUGCUAAUGCAUACAUUUUAUAGGGAUGUAUUGUUGCAUCCUCAUUCUGCAAUCUGUCGAUGAGAUAAUAUUCAUUUUAUUUAGGAGAUGACUUGGGGUCAUCUUAAAACUCUUUUUCUUUUUUGAGGAUUGCCAUUCAUAAGUCUAGAUGGUUCAGCAACAUAACACAAAAUGUCUUAUGAAACAACAACGCAUAUUGAAAUAGAUGUUCAUAUGAGCAAGAUACCAAACUUAACAAUCACAGAAAUGUUCACAUUAUUGACCUGCAAUACCUAGAUUUGUGUUUAUGAUUAUGUAGAGCCGUUUUUUAGCAUUCUCCUUCUGGCUUGUAUUAAGAAGGAUGUAUUUCAUCUUUCCUAUUCUCACUAGCACAGUGUUAGUUAAAGGACUUGAAAUGCUCGCCCGUAGAUGGGCUCUCUCUUAUUUAAUUUUAUCUAUUCUGCUUCAAUUUCUUAAGAUGUAACCAUAUACAGGUAAAUGCCUAAGUGUAUGUCUUACUGUGCGCAUCUGGCAGCCCAAAGAGCAACACUUCCACAAUGGUUGUCUUUUUGGCUGAUCUUGAGAAGUAAUUGCAGAAUAUAAUGUGCCGUUCUGUAUAUUGUAGCAGGAUUGACAGAUGUGGUAAAUGAAGUCAUUUUUGAUCAUUUGAACUGUAUAGAUCAAUAAAUCGUUUUGUUUUGCAAAGUUUUUCUUAAUAAUGCUUGUGAAGUAAUUUGAUUAAAUCUAGAACAAUAUUGUUUAUUUACUUGACUGUUCAGAAGCAUACUAAACUCAU